AUGGCAUUGACCCCGGCAGUCAUUGCAGAAGCUGACCGUAUCAUGGCAUCGGAUGCGGCAGUGAACCUCAAGGUGUUGGAGCUUAAUGAUUUGUGGCUGAGCAACGGGCUCGCCUCCAAGCAAGUCCAUGGACCAGAGAGGUUUUGCACACAUCCCCAAAAUCGGGGAGGUGCCAUGAUGAAUAGCUUUGAUAUGGUGACAAAGGGGGAGACGAUGAUGAGCCAAGGCCUGCGGAUUGAUUUGCUCGAAACAAGUGCAGUAGCAUUCUGCAUGUCCAGCAAUGCAGUGAAACGUGACAAGCAACUUGCAGCAAAUCGGAAAUGCUGUUCCCAAGCCAAAGGGGUGAUGCCCGAAGUGGUUGGCGACGAAUUGUUUCUCACGGUUGGCUCAUCUCACUCCACGUGCUAUUUGAAAUCCAUGAAGCAGGGCCUUGUGAAGAAUGCUUCUUCGUUCAUGAAAAAGGGUCAGCCCGUCGAAAGGUGCCUGAGCCAAGGAUGGACUUGGCUGAUUCUUGCUGAUACCUUGGAAGACCAAUUCCCGAGUCUCCCGUUGCUGUACUCGUCUGUGCUCAAUAGCAACAACUCGGUGUGUGUGGCUUCGACAGAGAUCGAGUGCCUUGCCACGAUCAGCAAUUGCUUGAAGUUGGGCAAGACGGUUGCAGAAGCCACUGCAGCGACGAUGCAAGGGGAACCGGCUUGCAAAGAGUACUUGGAGACGGUGGCAUUCUUUGCUCAGAAGUACACGGGGGGCGACGAGAUGCCUUUGGUUGAUUUCCUUGUGUCCUUUAGCAAGCUUUACGGCCAGAGCAUUCGCCUCGGACAAGAGUUCACUCAGUUGAUCACAUAUUUUGACUUUAAGCUUGAGGCCAACCUGGCCCCAUGCUUCAGAGUGGCUUGCAUGGCUGCACAGGUGGCCUCACCCAAAGUCCAAGACCAGUUUGCGAAGCUACUGGUCAAAGCUGAUUUGGACCGCAUCAAAUCCAAAUCAAAACCCGAGCUUCUUGAAGCAGAGAGGCUUCUGAAGGAUGCAUGGGUUGCCACACAGAAUGCACCCUUGAAGGAUGGUGAGCGAUACACCGUUUUCGGGCGCUGUUGUGUGCGAACAGUGCUAUACCUCAGCCAGAAGCAAAAGUUCGGCCGAGAGAACAAAGAAUGGAAUAGCUUGGAGGAGAUCAACCAGGCACUCGCCACCGAGCUCUUGGGUCCUAAGGGCACGAGUUCCAGUGCAGCUCCGACCGCAAGCCCCUCGAAGGUAGCGAACCUGCUGGAGGCUAGCCCAUCAACCGUUGCUAUGAUGCAGCAUCCACAUUUGGAGGUCGGAGGCCUAUAUCAGCACAGCGACUACGGAUCCCAGGUGUUUCAGCUGUUGGAGCUGAACGACACGUCGGCGAAGUUUGAACAUCGGCCCCUAAUGCAAGAUGCAUGGACAGUGGCCAUUGCACUGUCCGAUGACCUGAAGCAGUGGAAGAAAACGAAGAAGGCGAUUGUGCAGGUAGUGGACCAGGCGGCUUGGUCGAAGUACCUCGUGGAGAACAACUCGGCUGCUGGUGAGGCCAUUGACAUGCAGCGAAUGCAGAUCCUGCUCUACGACACGUUCGUGAAUCUCCCGGAGGUCGAUGGCUUCAGCUUCGUGAGCCCGCCCACGGGCCUUUGUGCCACGAUUAACAUCCCGAAGGGCAAGCUCAAACUCAUCGCUUAUGGUGAUUUGAAACGAGAUGAUGGCAAGCCUGGCCACAAGGUCUCGGGAUAUGUCUCGGGAUAUGCUUUGAGCCCGCCAAAGGCUGUCGGUGAUAUGGAUAAUGUCACUGCUACGUCGGUGCUCGUACCGUUCUGGUACGUGAAGCCAUCGAUGGAUGCUGAGGCCGUUAACAUGCAGCUGACCAAUGCUAAGCAUGGGGGUCUGGCAAUCCCUUGCUACACCAAUUCGAGAUCUAUCAGAAAGGGGGAACUCCUGUUGCAUGCAGCUGAAGCUUUGCUUGCUAAGGAAGCCUCCAAGGCUGCUCCCAAGAAGAGGAAAGCAAGCUAG